GCCAGUAUGAGAGGGUUUAACCAAGAAGCCAGAUUGCACAGAGGAUUUCUACAACCGGAUUAUCCUAAGCACCUUAUUUAGUAACAAGAAGUAAAAAUAAUCAAUAAGCCAGUCUGUGCAGUUGCUAUAAAGAGGUCCCGUCACAGGGUAGCUGAGAUAGCUGAGUGCAAACACCAGACAGAGCUGCUACACCAGUGAUUGUUUUACUUUGAACAAACUCCACAAAGCAGAAUGGAGUAUUGCAAGUUUGCCAUACUGGUAGUCCUUCUGUCCUACAUCGAGCACUGCUGGUCGUCUUCCUGUGUGGUGAACAACUUUACCGUCAAGCAGGACUUCGACCCUAAAAAAUAUGCAGGAAAGUGGUACGCCCAGCAGAAGAAAAACCCGGAGGGACUGUUUCUGGAGGACAACAUUUCAGCUGAAUACACCGUGGAGGACGAUGGCACCAUGACCGCCUCUUCCAAGGGUCGUGUCACGCUGUUCGGAUUCUGGGUUGUGUGUGCUGACAUGGCCGCUCAGUACUCAGUACCUGACCCCUCCACCCCCGGCAAGAUGUUCAUGAAUUACCAGGGCCUGGCCAGCUACCUGUCUAGUGGGGGUGACAACUACUGGGUCAUCGACACCGAUUACACCAACUACGCCAUUACCUACGCGUGCCGCACGCUGAAGGAUGAUGGCAGCUGCGAUGACGGCUAUGCGAUUGUGUUCUCCCGUAACCCUCGCGGCCUUCCCCCUUCCAUCCAGCGCAUCGUGCGCCAGAAACAGGAGGAGAUCUGUAUGGCAGGCCAGUUCAAACCGGUGCUGCAGUCAGGAGCCUGCUAAGCGCUGAAAGGUUUCUUUAGCGUGCUGAGAAGAAGCCGUGGAUCCAUCUCAUGAGAUGCAGGGAUCAAAGUGGACCUCGCAAUGUGGUCGGUUGUAACUCUCAUUUUCAAGGGAAACUUGUGUCUGUGACAAUAAAUAUUUUUUAAAGGAA